UAUGCAAAGGGCUUCCAAAAUUAUUCCCGACACCGCCUUGAAGAAUCAGUAUAAAAGAGUCGGGGAUUUCGAACCAGGGCAGACUGAUUUGUGCAGCGAAGCAGCCGCACUAUGAGGUUCCUGAGUCUCACUGCGGUGGUCGUCGGCCUCCUGAGUCGCCAGGUCAUCGGGGGCCACCAACAUUCAAGUCUUGGAAAAGGAUUCUGGGGUGGAUAUUUGGGAGCAGGGUUUGGAGGAAGCUCUCUCGGCAGUGGAAGCGGCUUCGGUGGUGGAUACGGCAGCGGAUAUGGCAGUGGAUUCGGCAGCGGGAGUGGGCUGAGCGGACUUGGUGGAAACGGCGAUUUCUGGGGCGACAGUUAUGGCGGACUGUACGGAAGCAGCCCAUUAUCGGUUUGGAGGAGCUUAAUCUCGCCCAUCAUGUUGCCAAGCGGGAGUGCUAACUUCUGGGGAAGCAGCGAUGGUGGUUAUGGAAGUAGCCCUCUCGGAUACUGGAGGACUCCAGUCUACGUAUUGAGGUUGUUUUCUGUGCCGUAUGGAGGAAGUCAAGGUGGCACUGGACAGUGGGGUCUGCCCAGAGUAGGUUCGCCAUUGACGUGGUUUACGUGGGGUAAUCUCGGUGGCGCCAGGCCAGCGAGCACGCCCUGGGGAUUUCAGGGACGCAGUGGGAGUGGCGCAUUCCCGCAGCCAUCGGGAGGAAACAGUGGUCCUCAGGGUGGCUUGUACGGCGUGCCUGGAGGAGUAAGUGGAAUGGGAGGGUAUGGUGAGCAAUGGGGCCAAGGCGCACAAGGCGAAUCAGAGAGCCAGUAUGGACCGCAAAGGGGACUCAGUGGAUUCAGCGGACUGUUUGGACGCGGUGCCCAAAGCGGAUCCGGCAGCCUGUAUGGUAAUCAAGGAGGGUUCAGCGGAUUUGGAGGAUUAGGCGGAUUGUCGGUCGGAGGAGACCAAAGCGGAAUGGGUGGUCUGAACGGACAGCAAGGAGGGCUUGACGGGAGUGGAGGAUUUGGCGGAUUGUCAGGGGAAGUCGGAGGCAGUGAUUUCAAUGGCCUUUCUGGUCAAAGCGGUUCACUAGGCGUCGGUCGCGGACUAUUUGGCUGGGGCAGGCGAAGUGGCGGUUUGGGCUCCACUGGAAGCGGGAACUCUGGCAGCCAAAGCGGCUUUGGUGGAAGCAGCGGUGGACGAGGCGGAUUUGGCGGUAGUUUUAGUCUGCUCGGGGACAAUGACAACGAUUAUGGUGGCCUCGGCAGUCUUUCUGGACAAAGCGGCCCUUCUAGCACUCUGAGUGGUCUGUCGGUACUCGCGGUCUCACUGGGCGACUCGGCAGCCUCCGUGGUGGUCGUAGUGGUUGGUCCAACCAACUCGGAAGUUUUGGAGGACUAGGAGGCCAAAGUGGACUUGGCGGAUUGGGAAGCUUUGGUCAGAGUUGGUCCAGCAGCCUUGGUAGCGACAGCAGACGGAGUCAGGGUAGCCAAGGUAGCAGCAGUGGUCUCACCGGAAGGAACAAUCAAGGGACCGGAUAUACGUGGAGCUAUUCUGGACUAGGUGGCAGUCAAGGCUCGCCUGGUCAGCUAGGUAGCUUCGGAAGUGGAUUCGGUGGACUGGGCGGCUUCGGCGGUGCCAGCCAAGGUUGGCUGAGCCGUGUCACUGGUCUCUCUCGAAAGCAAUUGCAGCGCCUCUACAGGAAGUAUAGAAGAAGCGGACACAGAUUCACAUUUCUAGAAUACCUCAUGCAGCGUGGAUACCUCGGUGGCUCCUAUGGAGGGCUCCCAUUAGGCGGUAGACAAGGUAGUGGGGCCAGCAGGAAGAUGGUAGCAGUUUCUGGUACUGGAGUUCCAGACCAACGUACCAAUACACCUGGGGAACACCUCUGAGUGGCUCUGGCGGAAGCUCCUUCGGAAGUAGCUCUGGCGGAAGCUCCUUCGGUGGACUCGGUGGAUUGCCAAACCGCGGAUACGGCGGAUCCAGCAACGGAUUGGGAGGAAGCUUUGGCGGCAGCAGCAGCUGGAGUUUAGGAGGUGCUGGCAGAGAUUGGCAGCAGGACGAGAGGCAGCAACAAGAGAAGGUGUAUUAGAAAUAAAGUCCUUU